AUGUCGCUCCUCAAAGACUUCAUGGAUCCCACCCACCACCGCUUUCGCCGGCGGUCGCGCAGCCCAGAGCACCUGGACUACGAGAAUGCUGAGGCAACCGUGGAGCCUCAGAGGCAACUAGCGGCCCUAGUCCGCGACACCACGGCGAAGAUCGCCAACCACAUGGGGGAGAUCGCCCAGGCCCACGCCACGCUCAUGCAAGGGCUUCAGAGGUACUUCGGCCUGGAUGUCAGCGGCGUGGACACCUCUGCCAUGGCCCUGAUGCAGGAGUGCGCGAGCGUCACGGAGUCCUUCGAGCAAUGCCUGAGGAAGGCCGGCUUCGCAGAGGUGAUGAGCAGCUGCGACGAGGUCUUGAAGGAGUGCGCCUCGGUGGCUGCGCUGCUGCAAGAGCGGGACGACGCGCUCUCGGAUCGGCAGCACUACGAGGAGAAGGUCGCCACAUUGCAGAGCGUCUCCAAGGGGGUUGUUACGGAUCAGAUCGCCCGCAACCGUGAGAAGCUGGAACGUGCCAAGGAAGUCCACCAACUGCGCGAGCAGAAGCUGACCACGGCCUUACAGCUCUUCAUCUACAGGAGGCCCGUGCACUUCCGGCAAACCUUGCUGGCACUCUUCCGGCAGCACAUCGGCAUCAUGUCUGUGGUGGGCACGAAGGCGCAGGGAGCCAUGAAGGCCGUGGCAGCAGAGUUGCAAGUUGGGGAGAAGGCCCGCAUUGUAGGUCUCCAGAAGGCCGUGGACCUGAACGAGCUGGUGGUUAUCGUCGAAGGCGAGGAGAGCACCGGCCGCCUCUACGUGAAGCUCCCGGAUGGGCGUCAGAAGUCCGUCCGCAUCGAGAACCUGUGCCCCCACACAUCCGAGGCGCUGGGCGACCACGCAGAGGACGCUGGGGACACCGGCCCCCAGCACAAGGAGGCGAGUGAGGUUGAGGGAACGGAGCCUGCCGUUCCACUGAGGCUUAAGCUGGAGCCUGCCCGCAUCCCCUGCAGUGGGGCAGAGGUGGUCGUGAAGGCGCAAGAUCUCGCGGCAGCCAUCAGUGAAGUCUGGGUGGACGGAAACAGCUGCGAGAUCCUCGAGGACCUGUCGAGCGGCGCCUGUUCCGCGGCCCGCGUGCGAGUACCGGCCUCGAGAAACCGGGCAGGUGGCGCCGCGCUGGUGGAGGUGCGCUCGACGUCGUGGGCGCGGCACCUCAUCCGGGAAGAGGCGGCCAGCUACUUCCCGCUCCUCACCUUUGCCACCUGCAGCCCCAACAUCGCGCUCGCGUCGCAGUCGCAGGCCUCGGCGCCACCAGCAAAGCCAGGAGAUGACGAGAAGCCCUACCUGGACAUCGCCACGCGGGAGAGGGGCCUCAUCAGCGCCGUGGCCUUGACCAGCGAGCUGCCUCCGAUCAAGGGCCACCGCUACUUCUUCCAGGUCAAGCUCGAGGCCAUGGCCGAGAAGCGCUCGAACAGGACCCUGUCCUUGGGCUUCGUGUGGCCGCUUCCCCACGCGCUGCUGCUGGAGGGCGACGAGGCACCCCUGGUGCCCCAAAUGAAGCGCCGGGCAUCGCACUGGACAUCUGAUGGCCACAUGCCCGAGCUCGCCCACCAACUGCCCAGAUCUUUUGUGGUGGGUGGGGAUCCGCCCAAGGCCUACAUGGGAGGCCGAGAGCUUGCCAAGAUCACCUGGCGGCCGCUGCUCGAGUGUACAGUGGGCGCGGUGCUGGGCGUGGUCUUGGAUAUGGGGCCGAGCAGCCUCACCCUCACCAUCUUGGAGGAGGGCGAGGAGAAGUGCAAGGUGACAGGGCCCCUGAUUGAGGAGUGGAGGUGGCCCAGCCUGGGGGCACCCAACGGCGUCGUAGACGUUUGCGGGACCGUGACGAGCAUCUCGCUCUGCCAGGGUGCGCGGCCUCCGGAGCUGCCCCUGCCGCUCCCUGCGGCCGACAAGGACGCAGACAUGGAUUUGGAGGGAGAUGCGCAAGAUGCGAAACAUGCGCGACGGCACUUCUGCACUGCUUUGAGCUCUGAGCUUUGA